GUUACAAAGCGUGAGUUUCAAACUCAAAAGUCCAACAGUACCUGCGAAAACAAAUGGGGGGAAAUAGCGCAAUCUCUCUCUCUCUCUCUCUCUCUUUAAUUUUGAGAAGCUUUAUUUUUUAGUUGGAUUCUGUGAAUGUUUGGUUUAGCUCUCAAACUGUGAAGCUCAAGCUCUUCUGGAAUACGAGGAUAGCUCAGAGGACACCAUUCCCUGAAGGAUUAAUCAGACAACCAACGGGCAAACUCAGUGAGUCUAUUCCAUUAUGUUUAGUUUUCUUUGUUCAACACGUCUACUAUUACUCAAACGUAGAAAGACCCAACUGGGUUUUCUUCACCAAAAUGCUUUCUUUAUUGUUAAAUCGUUCGCAUCAAUAACAUUAUCUGAUUCUAGUCACCAACAACAACAAGGUCAAGAAGAAGAACAUUCUUUUACAGUGUCUUACCUCAUAAACUCUUGCGGGUUAUCAUCAAAAUCUGCUCUUUUAGCAUCCAAAUGGGUACACUUUGAAAACCCAGAGAGACCAGACUCAGUGCUUAAUCUUCUCAAAGAGAAUGGAUUCACCAAUACCCAGAUCUCCAAACUUGUCAGGAUGCGACCAAAGGUGCUUUUAUCUUAUCCUGAGAAGACCCUUUUGCCCAAAAUUGAGUUUUUCCGUUCUAAAGGGAUUUCAAGCUCUGACCUCACUACCAUCAUAUCUUCAAACCCAUCACUGUUAGUAAGUAGCUUAAACAAUCAUCUAAUCCCCUGCUAUGAUUUCCUCAAGAGUGUACUACUUGUCGACGAGAAAGUCCUUACAACUUUCAAGGGAUCCCGAGGGGCUGAUGUUGCAAAUAAUAUGAUCCCAAACAUUGAACUUUUGAGACAACACGGAGUGCCUCAAUCUGUAAUCUCUUUGUUUUUAACUAGUUUUCCCCGUAUUGCGUUCUCAAAUCAUUCUAAGUUUGUUGAGGCUGUACUCGAGGUUAAGGAAAUGGGAUUUGAUCCCUUGAAAACUGUGUUUGUUCUAGCAGUCCAAGUGGUUUUAAAGAUGAGUAAAGAAAAGCUGGAAUCAAAAUUGGAGCUUUAUAAAAGAUGGGGUUGGUCCAAGGACGUCGCUCUCUUGGCCUAUAAAAGGAACCCAAGUUGUAUGGCUUUAUCAGAAGAGAAGAUCACAAAAGCAAUGGACUUCCUUGUGAACAAAAUGGGUUGGCCAUCAGCACAUAUUGCUAAAAAUCCUACGAUUCUAUUUUUAAGUUUGGAGAAGAGGAUUAUCCCUAGAUGUUCAGUUAUUCAAAUUUUACUAGCCAAGGGUUUGGUGAAGAAAGAUUUGGGUCCAGCAAGAUUCAUAAUACCUAGUGAGAGGAGUUUUCUGGAGAGGUUUGUGAUCAAGUUUCAGGACGAUGUUCCUCAAUUGUUGAAUGUGUAUCAGGGUAAGAAGGAUCUUGAGGUAGGAAGCCAAUCUGAGAAGCUCAAGAGUCCACAAAGAUACAGCAAUGAUCAUACUCUAAGUGAAAUGAUUCCUGAGGCUGCUUCCCAAUAGAGUUGCACAUGAUGCAUAAUCCUAGCAUAUUCUAAGCCUCAAAGCCUAAUCGACUGAGAAAACUCAAGUUUGGGCAAAAAGUUUUUUUUUUAAUCUACAGGAAGGACCGUGGAGAUUAUCCUAAAUGAUCUGCAAAGUUGGCUUUUGGUGAACUUUAGGUCCCUGAGAAAUCUAAUGACCAUCUAGGCUUUCUGGGAUUUAAAUGUACCUUCUGGCUGCUGAGAUUGCAGCUUUCGGGGACAGAAUUUGCAUUAUCUGCUCUCUCUGGUAUUAUAAUAAUUUGUGCCCAAUGAUUAUCAAAGGUGAUGUAAAGCUUGUUUGAAAAGAACCUAGUUUGGUUGUGGCUAAGGAUAGUGUUUUACUGAGUGAACCUAGCAUUUUUGUUAAAGCUACAAUAAAAUAUUGAAUGGAGGAUUUGGUUCCUAGCAGGAAUUCAUUUGGAUUGAGUUAACUCAGCUAGGAAUUUGGGAUGUUUCA